AAAUAGCAAAAUAGUGUUAUUAUUUGGGAUUUUCCUAAAAACAGAGGAAUUCAGGCAGAGAAAGUCCGUGAACGUAACUUGAUUAGUUGUUAAAGCUGCUUUGUCUUACGCGCAACCCUUUCUCGGCAAGAAGGAACAUCGUACCUGUAUGUGUACAGUAUACUGUAUACAUUUGGUAUCCCAUCUGUAAAACUACCAGAUUGUUUCAAAUAGAUAAGGUGACCUCCUGUGUAGACCUAUUUCUGUAAGACUACAGUAUGGGUCACAGCACUAGUAAGCUGCGCCCUAAAGAGCUCACAGACCUUCAGAUCAACACACACUUCUCCGAGAAGGAGCUGCAUGACUGGUACAAAAACUUCCGUCAGGACUAUCCUAGUGGCCACCUCACUAUAGACAACUUCACCACCAUAUACUCCAACUGUUUCCCAGAAGGCGAUGGGGAGGACUUUGCUGCACAAGCCUUUAGGACGUUCGAUGCCAAUGGUGAUGGUGUUAUAAACUUCAGAGAGUUCAUGUGUGCACUGAGUGUGAAAAGUCGUGGACGCAGUGAUCAGAAGCUGAGAUGGGCGUUCAGAAUGUAUGACAUCGACAGUAAUGGUUAUGUUUCUCGAGAAGAGAUGAUAGAAAUCAUACAGGCCAUAUACAAGAUGGUGGGUAAUGGUGACAAGUCUGCAGCAGAAGAACGUACAGACAAGAUUUUCGAUACGAUGGACAAGAAUGCUGAUGGACAGCUGUCACAGGAAGAAUUUAUAGAGGGAGCCAGGAAUGAUCCCACUAUUGUACAGAUGAUAGCAUAGCCAGUGGCUACACUACCAUUUAAUUUUGAUAGGGUUAGAUGGGUCAUUUGAAAUAUAUAGAGAUAAGUAGAUUUAGCAAAUUACACAAAUUUAUGAAUUUGUCUUUCAAUUUUUUUUAUAUAGACAUUUUUUAGUCAAAUUUAUCUCUUCAUAGAGUCCACAAAUACUGUCUCUAACCAUUUAAAGUUAUGUAUUACUGGGGUAUGCAAAGAACAUUGAAAUAGAUAUCAAUGCUGUUACAUGUAUAUAGUGUUCUCGGUACAAUACAUGGAUGAUGUAAUUGGAACUUGAUACUACCUAUAUAUAUGAUAAGUAAAGUUUCCAAUAGAAAUGAUCAUCAUCUGAAGCUCAGUCAUGUGAAAUCAAUACUGGUUUUUAAGUGCCUUACAAGGUCAGGAGGAAUUCGGACAGUAACAUACCAGGUCUAUGUACAAUGACUUAGCUCAAUUAGUGUUAAUUACGUUCUUACAAAAAUCAAAAGUCAGUCUGUCAUUAACUACAAGUCUUCUGCUCAGUGUAAAGUAGCACUUAUCCAAACCCCCACCUAAUUACAUAAACAUUGGUUUCCCAUCUCGUUCCAAUACAUAUAAUGCUCUAUUGUACGAUGGACAAGUUCUAAAUUUAUGUUUUGAUAAAAACCUUUUUAAGGUAAUGUAGAAACCUUUGUUAUUGAUCUGAUUUAUGAUCUCGAGUUGUAGAAACAUGGUGGAUGUAUAGAUAAAGCAAUAGUUCUUGUUGAACAUUUUAAAAUGUGUUCUGUAUAAAGUUUGAACUACACCCAUAACCAAGAUUCUGUCUCAAACCAAAUAAUUGCUGAUCAUAAUUUACUGUGUAAAGUAAUCUAGCUGUUUUGUGCCCCGACUUAGAUGUUGUUACAUUGUUAGUGAAUAUAUUGUUUUGUAUCAAACUUGUAACCUGUAUGUACCUGUACAUACAGGUACAUACAUGUAAAGUUGAUUUUGUGUUUUUUCUCUGUUGCUGUUGAAAAUUUUACCUAAAGGAGCAGCUAGAAUAGGAUAUGUGGUUUUCAUUAAACUGUUGUGAUGCUCAAAAUUGUUGACAAUGCAAUAUGAUACAGAUGUCUAGACCUCGUCAUUGUUAAAGUAGACGUCAUUAGGCUAAUGUUACAUCUUUUACUUCUGAUUUAUACAUAAGACUUGGUACCGUGUUAUACUAGAAAAUGUAAUAUAAUAAGUCAUUAAUAAAUUCAAUGAAUGCAGAUUGAACCUUGUGUGAUGUGUCAGUCCAGAGUAAAUCUGUCCUUACUUCGUACAAAUAUUACAGCCCCUCUGUUGUCCAGAGUCAAUCUGCCCUUACUUCAUACAAAUAGUACAGCCCGUCUGUUUUCCAGAGUAAAUGUGUCCUUACUUCAUAAAAAUAUUACAGCC